GACUUCCUGUGACAGAAACAGCUGCUCGGAGCACCUGCUGAGUGUGGAUUGUUAGCUUAUUCGGUCUCGGCAUUUCUGAGACUUCGAUACGCCCGGCUACCGACUGAGGUUACUUGUUAUAGCAGUAUGACCAGUUUAUAUAAAACUCGCAGUUUGACUACAAGCUAUUUGUUGAUGAGCCUACCUAUGUGACUGUAUCGUUUACCGGCUCUAUAUUUCCUGACCUUCUUAUUGUAUUAUUUAACACGUUUUAUUUUUAAACAUACACACACACACUUCGUUAUUGAGGAAAAACUAAAAGACACUUGUAACAUCAACCCUGCUAAGCUUGGGUCUCAGUUAAUCCUAUUGGAAUCGUAUUACUAUCUGUAAAAACAAAACAAAAGAAAAAUAUUUAUUUCGUUGGACUUCACAUUCACACACGCCUUCAAUAUUUUUUUUACACUAUUAAGAAAUAUAGUCAAAUUUUUUUUCCUUUGAGAUUUCUGGAACUCUUGCGGAAUAUCUGAUUUUUAUUAUCAUUAAUUUUUUCUCCCCAGAUAUAACUUCCCAUCGACUUUUUUGAAUAUUAUUCUCUACAAUUAUUAUUAUUAUUUUCAUUGUUGACUUUUGGAAACUAAACGUGCCUUUCUUUCACCUAUUUUGCAAAGAACUUUUGUAAAAAUUAAACGUUCGUUUAUAUUUUAUGGAAGAAAUUCAAGAAUAUUUGUCCAUAAGAACGAAUGAAGGAUAUUCCGUUGGAAAAAGCUUAUUCUUUCACAACUACAAAUCCAAUUAUUGGCACAUGGGACUUCGAUUCCAUCACUUUCCACAUCUUUUCCAGUCGUUAAAAGAGAAGAAUCCGCUACAUUUUUGCUUUUCUCAAUUCCAAAGUGUAAAUGUUCCAAACAGAUGUAUCUUGAAGUUGUUAUGACUUACUACUAGCUUCCUGACCGCAACACGCCUGUCUUAAUGGGAUAAACAGUAGUCAGAUCUGUUUCCUUAUUGCCGUCCGCUGCAGACACCACAAAUAUUGUUGCCAGAUUUAGAGAAUAUCUUUCUCCACUUGCUGGCUCGACACACAUUCCAGCCACGAAGGUGCUACUUCGCACGAUCAGCAAGUGGCAAAAGAAGGCAUCACCAAAUUGCUGCAGAAUAAUAAUAAGAGAGCAAGCCGGUCAUCUUUGAAUAUUUUCGCGAUUCUUCUUCACCCAUUUUCUUCAGACACACAUUCUUUCUUUCGCUCUCUAUCCUUAAUAAUUAACACACACAAACACAUAUUUAUAUAAUGCCUGCCAAGAACUCAAUUGAUGAAGAAGCAACAAUGGUAGCUGAACAGACCACUACUGCUAUCCCCCGACCUGUGAUUCAUAAUCACAGACAUAACCUUCGCCACAGGUUCGAAAUGCUGGAAACGAUAGGAGAAGGUACUUAUGGUAAAGUGAAGCUGGCUAUAGAAAAAAGCACUGGUGAAAAGGUUGCCAUUAAAUACAUAAAGCUCAACAAAAUUCGGCACAAACAAGACCUCAAUAAGAUCCGUCGGGAGAUUAAAAUCUUAUCAAUUCUAAGUCAUCCCAACAUAAUCAAUGUUCGAGAAGUGUUUGAGAACAAAGAGAAGAUAAUUAUGGUGAUGGAUUACGCUGCUGGAGGGGAACUCUAUGACUAUAUCAAUAAGAAGAAACCUUUGCCUGAGAGAGAAGCCAGACGAAUGUUUCGGCAAAUAGCUUCAGCAAUAUAUUAUUGCCAUCAGAAUGGUAUUGUCCACCGUGAUCUGAAAUUAGAGAAUAUUGUUCUGGACAGAGAUGAAAAUGUUAAGGUUGCUGAUUUUGGUCUGUCCAACUUCUUCAGUAAUAAUUCUCCUCUCACAACUUUCUGUGGUAGUCCACUGUAUGCUUCCCCAGAGAUCAUCAAUGGAAUUCCCUACCGGGGACCUGAGGUUGAUUGUUGGAGUUUAGGGGUGCUUUUGUAUACUUUGGUCUAUGGCGCCAUGCCAUUUGAUGGCAAUGAUUUCAAGGUGCUAAGGAAGCAGAUAUCCACUGGAGAUUAUUACGAACCUACAAAGUCUUCUGCUGCGGGCCUUAUACGACAUCUACUCACUGUGAAUCCUGAGAGGAGAGCCAAUGUGGAGAAAGUCGUCCACCAUUGGUGGGUCAACAUGGGAUACAACUUCACACCUAACAAUGAACCAUAUCCUGGACCCUGGUUACAGGCUCCGAUUCAUAUCCGUGACCGAUCUAGCUUAUCUUCUGACAGUGAUGGUGAAAUUGAUAUAAAUGAACUGCGAAGAAGAGGGAGCUUUCCUAGUAAAACUUUGUCAAGACAAAGACAAGAGCAGCAUGAUGGAGACAAAUUGUCAACAUUGGACAGUACAGUUAUCCCUGAUAUAAAAUAUCAUUCUCCUAGACAUACUCAUCGACAAAAUGUUUCUGUCAGUGGCAAUGGUGCUUCCAGUGAAUUUUACCGACGUGUUAAUCUGGAUCAAAAGCCUGUCCGGAGUAUCCUAAAGCAAACAGGUAGCUGUAUGAGAGAAGAUAAAAGUACAACCAGCUACAGUGUGAUAGAAGGCUCAUGUAAGGAAAACAGUAAUCCCAACAGCAAUGGAUUUAAUAAUACAUGCUCAUCAUUCCAAAAAAGCUUGCCAAAACACAGUUCCCCUCCCACCAACAGCCUCAGUUUAAACUGUAGCAGUAGUCCCCCAACUAUGGGCUCUAUGUUGUCUGACAAAACAGAACCAAACUCUGACAUUCCUGCCAAUAGUGAUGCCGAUAGCUUUUUAACACUAAAAGAAAGUACCUAUAGUCAUGUGGAUUAUAACACGGGAUCAAAUCCACUUGAAAAUUACUCUACAGUGGUCAACUCUGUUCGGACUGAUUCUUGUGUCCGACGGCGUGGCAUUCUGAAAAAAUCUGGACUUUGUCUCCAAAAUGGUUAUACUUCAAUGAACAGUGAUGCCCGGAAGAGGCUCAGUAUUGGCAGUGUUAGUUCAAAUUCUUCAGGUGACAUACUUGAUUUUUCUUACGAUAGUUGUGAAGGAGAACAACAUCACUUGCUGCAAAAACUUUCUGGAAGUCAUUCUCCAAACGGUACACCUCUUUCUGAACUUGAUGAGGAGAGGCCUUCAGACAUUGCAGAUUUCUGCCGGGGAUCUUCAGUUGUUAUGACAUUUAAACAGAAGCCAUCUUCUUACUUCAACCUUGAAUAUGAUCUCCUUGAUUCCUCACAGGUUCGUCACAGAGCUUUGGAAAUUUGUCAGAAAAUGUAAAACAAAAUAUUAAAAAAAAAAAAUUACAAAAAC